AAAAAGGAAACCUCUCCUUCUCUCACUAGCACUAUAUAUACCACCACAGGCACAGGCACAGGCACAGACACAGACACAGACACUCGUCUUUCACAAUCAAAACAAAGAAACCGAUCACCAUCAUCAUCCGAUAUAGCCAUGUCGAGCACUGCCGGUCAGGUUAUUAAGUGCAAAGCCGCGGUAGCAUGGGAGGCUGCGAAGCCAUUGGUGAUUGAAGAAGUGGAGGUGGCACCACCUCAGAAAGAUGAAGUCCGCGUGAAGAUCCUAUUCACCUCCCUUUGCCACAGUGAUGUUUACUUCUGGGAAGCCAAGGGGCAGAAACCAUUGUUUCCUCGCAUAUUUGGUCAUGAAGCUGGAGGAAUUGUGGAGAGCGUAGGCCAGGGCGUAACUGAUCUCAAACCAGGAGACCAUGUUCUCCCUAUCUUCACUGGGGAGUGCAAGGAGUGUCGCCACUGUAAAUCGGAGGAGAGCAACGUGUGUGACCUCCUCAGGGUUAAUACUGACAGGGGUGUUAUGCUUAAUGAUGGCAAGUCGAGAUUCUCCAAAAAUGGAAAGCCCAUUUACAACUUUAUUGGCACCUCCACAUUUAGUGAAUACACUGUUGUCCAUGUCGGCUGCCUCGCUAAGAUCAACCCUGCAGCCCCAUUAGACAUUGUUUGUGUUCUCAGUUGCGGAAUAUCCACAGGUCUUGGUGCCACUUUGAAUGUUGCAAAACCCAAAAAGGGUCAAUCUGUAGCCGUCUUUGGAUUGGGUGCUGUUGGCCUUGCUGCUGCUGAAGGGGCAAGAAUUGCUGGGGCUUCUAGAAUAAUUGGUGUUGAUCUGAACCCUGCUCGUUUUGAGGAAGCCAAGAAGUUUGGUGUCAAUGAAUUUGUGAAUCCAAAAGAUCAUGACAAGCCUGUUCAAGAGGUGCUUGUUGAGAUGACCGACGGAGGACCGGAUCGGGCUCUUGAGUGUUCUGGAAACCUUCAGGCCAUGAUCGCAGCAUUUGAAUGCGUUCAUGAUGGUUGGGGUGUUGCAGUACUUGUUGGACUGCCAAGUAAAGAUGAUGCAUUCAAGACUCAUCCUAUGAACUUUUUGAGUGAGAGGACUCUGAAGGGAACCUUCUUUGGCAACUACAAGCCCCGCACUGAUAUUCCUGUCGUCGUGGAGAAGUACAUGAACAAGGAGCUGGAACUGGAGAAAUUUAUCACUCACUCAGUCCCUUUCUCGGAUAUCAACAAAGCCUUUGACCUCAUGCUUCAGGGGAAGUCUAUACGCUGCGUUAUCAAGAUGGGUGCAUGAUUGAAACGCGCGCUAGGGAGAUUGGGCUUUUCUCUCUGCUCUACUGAGAACUUUUAAUAAGAGAUUUGUACAAAUAAAAGAAAUUUCACAUAUUAUUAUUUGUAAAAUGUUAUGAAAUAAUAAGUUUUAAGAAA